CAGCCCCUCACAUCACCGGAUGGAUCCAGUCAUGGGAACCCACCAGAGAGAUGUCCCCGUCCUCUGUAUUCCCGGGAUUCCACACAGGAAGGUCACACCAUCCCUCACCAUCAUCAGAGUGGAAUCCUCGGGGAUGAGAAUAUUGAUGUUAAAGAAGAGUAUAAAGAGGAGGAUGAGGAGUAUGGAGUGAUGGAGGAGUUUUCAGAAGGACACAAGGAUAUGAUGGAGCCACCUAAUACCAGGAACCCACCAGAGAGAUGUCCCCAUCCUCUGUAUUCCCCCUGGGGAUUCCACACAGGAAGGUCACACCAUCCCUCACUAUUACAAGAGUGGAGAUCCAAUCGAUAUAGAAUUUGAGGUGAAAGCAGAAGAAGAAGAGGCGUAUGUGAGGGAUGAUCAGCAGUCUAUGGAGGAGGAUGGAAUAACGGGGAACAUUUAUAGAGGAGGACACUCCUACAGAGAUCAGCACAGUCCAUGGCCGGGAGAUGAGGAAAACCUCCGAGGAUUGUCUCACUUUGUGUCUCCAGACUGGAAAGUAGAAGAUGAGGACAUCACACAGUAUAGUCCAGGAGAAAACCCGGCUCCCUCCAAUGUCCAUCCGGCACCACCCAGUGUAGAUGGACCAUCAGAUUCCUCGUAUCCUGAGGAACCUCAGACUGUGCGGGACCGGGCCGGGCUUCCAACAGAAAAGAGGUUCUCUUGUACUAAGUGCGGGAAAUGUUUCCAAUCUAAGUACAAUCUUAAUGUGCAUAAAAGAUCUCACACAGGGGAGAAGCCGUAUUCCUGUCCUGAGUGCGGGAAGGGUUUCCGGCGUAAACCAGAGCUUAAUACAUCAGAGAUCUCACACAGGGGAGAAGCCAUACUCCUGUCCUGAGUGCGGAAAAUGUUUUUCAAAGAAGUCCCAUCUUUACAGACAUCAGAGAUGUCACACAGGGGAGAAGCCGUAUGCCUGUUCUGAGUGUGGGAAAUGUUUUUUCAGACAAGUCUAGUCUUCUCCCACAUCAGAGAUCUCACACAGGGGAGAAGCCGUAUUCCUGUCCAGAGUGC